GACAGAGAGAAAGCCACAGAGCAGGAGGGUGUGCGGAGCAGAGCUAGAGCUUAGAGAGACCCAGUGAGGGCGGGUGCAGGCAGGGGCAAAGCCAGUGAUCGCAGGUGCCUGCGACCCCCGGAUUCCAGGGCACUACCGGAGUUCAGAGGAGCACCGGGCUACCGGCCAAGAGGUGGUGCGGGGACUGGGGGUGAACACUCGCCCAGGUGCUCGCCGGUGAGGUGACCCCAGACUCCGAGUGGUUCCGUGCCCAGGUGCUCGCCUGGGAGGUGGUGCGGGUCUCCGGGUGGCUGUGUGCCUAGGUGCUGGCCCAGGGGGUGGCGCGGGGUUCUGGGUUGCUGGAUGCCCUCUGGGUAGCCAUGGCGACAGGGGCCAGGGGUCGCUGGGCUACCGCGUCGCCGAGGGGCUAAGUCGGCAGCGGUCUGCGCCAUGGCGGCGCGGGGUUGCGGGCCCUGAGCGCCAGCUGCGGGCGCGCACCAUGAACUCGUGGGACGCGGGCCUGGCGGGGCUGCUGGUGGGCACGAUCGGCGUGUCGCUGCUGUCCAACGGGCUGGUGCUGCUCUGCCUCCUGCACAGCGCUGACAUCCGCCGCCAGGCGCCGGCGCUCUUCACUCUCAACCUCACGUGUGGCAACCUGCUUUGUACCGUGGUCAACAUGCCACUAACACUGGCCGGCGUCGUGGCACAACGGCAGCCGGCCGGGGACCGCCUGUGCCGCCUGGCCGCCUUCCUCGACACCUUUCUGGCCGCCAACUCCAUGCUAAGCAUGGCCGCGCUCAGCAUCGACCGCUGGGUGGCUGUGGUCUUCCCGCUGAGCUACCGUGCCAAGAUGCGCCUCCGAGAUGCCGCCUUCAUGGUGGCCUACACGUGGCUGCACGCGCUCACCUUCCCGGCCACCGCACUCGCCCUGUCCUGGCUCGGCUUCCACCAGCUGUAUGCCUCGUGCACGCUGUGCAGCCGGCGGCCGGACGAGCGCCUGCGCUUUGCUGUCUUCACUAGCGCCUUCCAUGCGCUCAGCUUCCUGCUCUCCUUCAUCGUGCUCUGCUUCACGUACCUCAAGGUGCUCAAGGUGGCCCGCUUUCACUGCAAGCGCAUCGACGUGAUCACCAUGCAGACGCUUGUGCUGUUGGUGGACAUCCACCCCAGUGUGAGGGAACGAUGUCUGGAGGAACAGAAGCGGAGGCGACAGCGUGCCACCAAGAAGAUCAGCACCUUCAUAGGGACCUUCCUCGUGUGCUUUGCACCCUAUGUGAUUACCAGGCUGGUGGAACUCUUCUCCACGGCGCCCAUUGGCUCUCACUGGGGUGUGCUGUCCAAGUGCUUGGCCUACAGCAAGGCUGCUUCUGACCCCUUCGUGUACUCCUUGCUGCGACACCAGUACCGCAGGAGCUGCAAGGAGCUUCUGAACAGGAUCUUCAACAGACGCUCCAUUCACUCUGUGGGCCUCACAGGUGACUCUCACAGCCAGAACAUUCUGCCAGUGUCAGAAUGAAGGACAACUCUCCUGUUGGGGAGUUCAGAAUGAGGUGGCCAGAGCAGAGGGAGGUGGUCUGGGACUCCUGGGUGGACAAUAACUCUGCCACCAUUGCCUGGUGAUUGCUGUGCUGCUGAUGUAUGAGCAAGAUCUGGGGCCUGCUUCUUGAAUCUUCCAGGGUAGGUGUCAGACUGUCCCUAUUUGUCACCAAAGGAUGACCAUAGGCCACACCUUGGCCUUUCUUCCUGAGAGUGUUUUGAGUGCUUAGACUUACCAAAGGCCUCCCAGAGGAUGGUAGGCCAGGAUGGUAGACACAGAGUGCUGGUGGCAGGUGUGGGGCACAAUACCCACCCGUUUGCUAACUACUGGUCAUGGGGCUCCAUGCUCCAAGGGACAUUUUAGUGAUGCUGGAAGUGAGGCUGUCUGUAGCCAUCUGGCUCCAGAUCUACUGUGGCAUCUCUUUUCUCCUUGGUAGUAUUUGCUGCUGUAACCCAAAUAUUAUCCAGCUGGUGCCAACAUUAUGGUCAGCUGAUACCCUCGGGCCCUGAACUCAAUGGGAACAUGCUUAACAACAAGUUUGCUGCCUACCAGUUGUCUUAGGAAUGAUAGAUUGGAUUCAGCUUUUGUCUCUCUUCCAUCAAACUUAUGUUUGCGUGUAUUGACAAUCUUAGCAUGAAAGUGGUCUCAAUAGACAGGUCUUAGAGAAUGUUAGAUUCCAUGAAAUCUGAGCAGGAAGUCACCUUCUGAUUUGCAUGCCAUAAGUAAGGGAACCCAGGAAAUAUGGAAGCAGGAAGAUGGUGGCUGGUCUGUCCUACCUCCACAUCUGGGAUCUGAUUUGGUAGAGAGUACUUCCUCUUGUCUUAGACAUCUUGUCCAUCGUAUCCUAGGAGCUGACUUGAACAGGGAUACAGUCUUAGUUUUCAGAUACUAGAUUCCAUUAUCUGAGUGGUUCAUUACCCUCAUUCUGCAAUUUUGUCCUGAGAAAGCAAGAGCUAUCCAAGGUCACUACAAAAGUGCUCUGUGCCACUGAUAAGAGUGUAGUUAGCAUAGGAUGCUGUUCUUAUAGUAUACAUGCCAGUCCAUUGGGAGCCAUUGUCUUAAUCUCAUCAAAAACCAAGAUAAGGACAGGAGAAAAAAGCUUAGCCAGUAAAGUGCUUACUGUGUAAGCACGAAGGCCUAGUCCAACCUCAAGAACCCAGAUUAAAAGCAAACUGGACAUUGGUAUGCACCCAUAAUCCUAGCACUGGAGAAGAGAGUGAGUAACUCCAUAGAACUCACUGGUCAGCCAAGAUUUAGCUGAAUAGGUUAUAGGCCAGUGAC